CUCUUAGCAAUCCAACUCUCAGCUCAGCUCCUGACCAUGGCCUGCUGCUCCACUAGCUUCUGUGGAUUUCCCACCUGCUCCACCAGUGGGAACUGCGGCUCCAGCUGCUGCCAGCCCAGCUGUUGCCAGACCAGCUGCUGCCAGCCCAGCUGUUGCCAGACCAGCUGCUGCCAGCCAACUAGCUGCCAGCCCAGCUGCUGCCAGCCCAGCUGCUGUGGGACCGGCUGUGGCACUGGUGGUGGCCAGGAGGGUGGCGUGAGCUGCCGAGUCAGGUGGUGCCGCCCUGACUGCCGCGUGGAGGACACCUGCCUGCCCCCCUGCUGCGUGGUGAGCUGCACGCCUCCAACCUGCUGCCAGCUGCACCAUGCCCAGGCCUCCUGCUGCCGCCCAUCCUACUGUGGACAGUCCUGCUGCCGCCCAGCCUGCUGCUGCUACUGCUGCCAGCCCAGCUGCUGCCAGCCCAGCUGUUGUGAGCCCACCUGCUGA